CUGGGAUCCGCCUACGGGUGUCAAUUUUUCAGAACCAUGGUCCACGGACGCCGCCGCCGCAACACCACCGAGUGUAUUUGGCACGAUACUACAUAUCUAGACUAGACCACGAUCGCGUGCGACGCCCCAGUGGCAAGCAGCCACGCCGAUCCAAUGCAAGGUGCAUCUUUGCUUCUCCCUGUCCAUCAUCUCCCAAAACAGGUAGACGUUAUGACCUCUGGGGCCUAUCACGAUCGAUCCGCUCGGAUACUCCAUGGUCGCCUCCCAGUCCGACUGCAUCGGGGAGUUGCUGUAUCCCUUUAAGGUUUUUCUAUCUACACCUGGGCGGGACGAUCGUGACCCAGUGCCAUUGAAGUCAUUUCUCGGAUUGUUACUCCCAGCUUCCGACCCAAAGUUGAGAGCCUCUCUAGGCGACUUCAUGGGCCUAUCAUAGACGGCGCAGCGCCAGCUUGACCCCGGGCGACGACACUGUGCGCAUUGACAGACCAAGCGCCUCUAACUUGAACCUAUUUAUAAAUGUUUGUGGACUCCCCACGGUCGUCGGGGUCAGUGUCUUGCUCCAUGUUGUUUCUUCCUGCUUGAAGAGGCUGCAUUGACCACUGGCACGCCAUGACUGUCAGUCAUCCCAAAGAUGUUUUGAACACCAUCAAUUUCGUCACACAAUGUUUGUGUAUACCGAUCAUUACUAUCUUCGUUCUCUUGCGUUUCUCUAUCCGUAUUUACUACAAACAGUUCGUAGGCGUGGAAGACUGGUCAUGUCUUACAGCAUGGGUUCUGUUUAUGGGAUACUGUGGCAUUGCCAUUGCCGUGGGUCACUAUGGCGGGGGUUACCACAUCGAUGAUGUCUCUGAAGCACACCAGGUUCUCUUUCGCAAGUUCUGUUACAUCGCCACCGUUCUUUACUGCCCCAUGGCACUCUUCGUCAAGAUCGCACUCCUUUCUAUCCUCAUUCGCAUCUUCAAUCCUUACCGUUCCAAAAUUUACUUCAUCUACGGCCUUCUUGGCUGUCUCUGCAUAUACUACAUUGUCGCCGAGAUCGUCAAGAUUCGCAUGUGCGACCCGGUUCCGGCAUACUGGACGCAGGAUCCAAAGGCACGUUGUCUCAAUCAACGGGCCGCCCUGAUCGCCGACUCUGUCAUCAGUGUGGUGACCGACUUUAUCAUCUUGAUUUUACCUCUUCCCCUCACCUGGUCGCUGCAGAUGUCCCGGAAUAAGAAGUUGCGGGUCAUCGGCAUGUUGUCUGCGGGUGGUCUGGCCACGGCCUUCAGUUUGUACCGGUUGGUUCUGGUCUUGCGUGACGGUAGUUCCAGAGACCAGACUAUUGUCUUUAUGAUCGUGAUUCUGUCAGGAAACGCCGAAGGAGGCGUGGCCAUGAUCUGCGCUUGUCUGCCCACGGUCAACAUCCUCAUCAACAAACUCCGCAAGAAGGAGUACAGCUCUCAACGCUAUUACGAACCGGAGUCCUCUGUCAACCUUAGCAAACUCAAAGGAAGCAACAAGCGAUUCUCCCUCGGUAAUUCCCGUCGCGCCGAUGGCACCGAGUCCGCCUCCGACCAGUCACAUCUGAUUACAUUUGCAGGGACGGUCGAUAUGGCAGGUGGUAAUGACGGUGGAGGCAUUCACAAGACGGUGGACGUGUCACAGACGAUAGAGAUGGUGGCCGAUGGUGAUAGUCAUGAAAGCCACCAUCAUGGCAGUUUUCAUUAAUGAUUGUAUACCCUGGGUGGGCGGCUUUGUGUUUUUCUGGCUGUAUGGUGUUCGGUUAAUGACUUCGCCCGAACUAUGGUUUAGCGAUAGACUACACUCUUUAAUAUUUCCUUUUCUAAUGAAUUCCUAUUCAUGCAACAAUGACUGUCUGUGAAUGCUUCCCGCCUUUAUCGCCAACAACGAAAGAACUAAUAUAGAUGCCGAGCCAUGAAACGAUGAAGCC